GAUCCCGGCGAGCCGGGCUCUCCUCGGUUUCCCUUGGGCAGCCACCCGGGGUUGCAGGGGGACCCAGGGGCGCGGGACGCCCCACAGUGCACCGCGGGGCACAGGAGGCAGAGACUCGCAAGGGGGCGAAACGGGCGCCGGGUGAGUCGCGAGACCCCCACGGACAGGGGCGGGGCCUCCGCAGCGCCCCUCCCUCCCCGAUCUGGGCCCCGCCCCCCUCCUCCCUGCGCCGGGGCCGGGGUCAGCCUCCCGGCCCGGGACCCAGAGUCGCGCGCUCCCCCCGGGGUGCCAUGGCCUCGAGGCUCCUGCACCGGCUGCGGCACGCCCUGGCCGGCGACGGCCCCGGGGAGGGGGCGGCCGGCCCCGAGGCCGAGCAGUUCCCUGAGAGCUCGGAACUGGAGGACGACGACGCUGAGGGCCUGUCGUCCCGCCUCAGCGGCACCCUGAGCUUCACCAGCGCCGAGGACGACGAGGACGAGGACGAAGAGGACGACGAGGAGGCCGGCUCCGACCCGCUGGCCUCCGGGGACCGGGCGGCGGGAGAAGACACAGGCCCAUCCUGUUCUCAUGCAGACCGGAGUCCCCCACCUGAUGGGCAGCGAGGCAGUCAGCUCCUGACACGGCAGUUGCAAGAUUUUUGGAAGAAGUCCCGGAACACCCUGGUACCCCAGCGGCUCCUCUUUGAGGUGACCAGCGCCAAUGUGGUCAAAGACCCACCCUCCAAGUACGUGCUCUACACCCUCGCCGUGAUGGGCCCAGGGCCACCAGAUCGCCAGCCAGCCCAGAUCUCCCGCCGCUACUCGGACUUUGAGCGGUUGCACCGAAACCUGCAGCGGCAGUUCCGGGGCCCCAUGGCUGCCAUCUCCUUCCCCCGAAAGCGCCUGCGCCGGAAUUUUACUGCAGAGACCAUCGCCCGCCGCAGCCGGGCUUUCGAGCAGUUUCUGGGCCACCUCCAGGCAGUGCCUGAGCUGCGCCAAGCCCCAGACCUGCAGGACUUCUUCGUGCUGCCCGAGCUGCGGCGGGCGCAGAGCCUCACCUGCACUGGCCUCUACCGAGAGGCUCUGGCACUCUGGGCCAACGCUUGGCAGCUGCAGGCCCAGCUGGGCAUCCCCUCGGGCCCAGACCGCCCUCUGCUGACCCUGGCGGGGCUGGCCGUGUGCCACCAGGAGCUAGAGGACCCUGGGGAGGCCCGGGCAUGCUGUGAGAAGGCCCUACAGCUGCUGGGGAACAAGAACCCUCACCCCUUGCUGGCACCCUUUCUGGAGGCCCACGUGCGGCUCUCCUGGCGCCUGGGCCUGGACAAACGCCAGUCGGAGGCCCGGCUGCAGGCCCUGCAGGAGGCAGGCCUGACCCCCACACCACCCCCAAGUCUCAAAGAAUUACUCAUCAAGGAGGUACUGGACUAGCCUGGCCCAGACCUGAGGCCACUGCAGGGAGCGGCACUGUCCCCGGGUGAGGGGUGGGGUGAGGGUGGAUGAGGACAUGGACAGUAGUUGAGAGGCUACCAGGGGUGCUGGGAACCCCCAGAAGUUGCGCAAAGAAUUUGAAGCAGACUGAGGAAACGCACUGCUUCUGUUGAGCUGGGCUCAGGACAAGCUUUGGCUGGGAUGGUGCAGGGAGAGAGUCUGACGCCGCUGCCCCAGGUUGGGGUCAACGUUCCCUUUCCCUUGGGCCUCCAAACCCAUAGGCAGCCUGGCCAGAGGGCCAGGGACUCUGCCCCAGGAGUCUUGGAGUCGAUGGCUGGAGGGAGGGCUGCAGUUCUGGCCCCAGGGGGAUUAAAGACGGCAGCUCCA